UUUUUUGAAGAGUUGAAAAGGGCAGGCGAGGUUCUGAUUUGGGCUGAACAAGGGAAGGGUCGGCACUUCUCUGUUUUUGAGACGCGUGGAUACGGUCCGGAGGGGUCGAGUCGGUGUUAGGCGAACGGGUGGCGGUGGGCGCGCGUUCGCCUCAGAGGGGGCCGAUUUUUAUUUGUCGUCGGAGCGGUUUUUAAGAGGGCCGCUGGGGACGGACUGGAUGGGGCUUGAAAGGGGGUGCGCGGCGUUGACAGCCACGGGCGAGGUGCCGUGCUGGAGGGGGCGAGGCGCGCUUUUGGGGUUCCGAAGGCGCGGCCACUUGGGAGGGUGGUUGCGUCCGGUUUUCGGUCACGAAGAGCGAGGAGAGAGUGGCACAGGUCGAAGAGGUCUUGGUCGCCAAAUUUUUGGUAAAAAAAAAAAAAGCUCAUUUAAGGUUCAACAAAUUAUUUUUGAUCUGUAGUUUCCACUAAGCGCGAAACGAGGUUUGGAGAUGUUAUGUGAAACGAGGUUGAGCCUGCCCGAAAAGUUGAAUCGUGCACAGAGGAAAUACUUGAAGAGAAAGCAGAGACAGGCCAGCAAAAAGAGCAAGCAGACCAAACGCCUAGAAGAGAGAGCGGUUGACAGCGAUGACUCUGAGACCGAUCCGAAAAGCGGACGAGUUGACGGAGAGAGACACGCUGGGGAAGAGGGACUGAGCCGAGAGGAGGGCAAGCUUGAGGAUGGAACAAAGAAUGAUGUAGAUAUGUGUGUGGGAAAUAGUGUACACGAAAAUUUGGCUGAAAAAGAAAAAAGCGAGCAAAUUAGAAAGUGCGGAGAGGGAGGAAAGGGGCUGGACUCGGAAGGUGCGACGAAUGUUGAGAAUGGCGCGGUACAGAGGUUGGAGUUAAAUAAAGAGGAGGUAACUCAGAACCGCGAAGUGCAGACGGUUUCUGAAGAGGGAAGUACGAAGGGCGAUGACGCUUCGUCUUCAGUAGAGAUUGACGUCGAGUAUGUAGCUGCGGAUCCCGUUUUGAGUUUGAGCGCGGACACGCCUAAUUAUGAGGAAUUUUUGGCCAUUUUUGGAUCAUUUAAGGCAAACGCCGCUCGGGCCUUAGAUUACUAUUCGAAUCAUACGCCUCAGCCGUCGUCGGAGCCGGCGGCAGCGACCGCCAGUGCGGAGUCGGAGUCCAAGCCGGACGCCGGCGAGAAGGAGGCGUCAGAACAAACGGAAGCGCCGUUGGCUGAACCGAAGCUUUCGCGCCGACAGCGCCGUUUGGCGCGUCGUUUAAACAUUGCGACGAUCAAACAAAUGGUGUCUCGUCCUGAUUUGGUCGAGAUUCACGACACGACCAGUGCAGAUCCGUUUUUAUUAAUUCAUUUGAAGAGCACCCGCGGGACGGUUCCCGUUCCCCGACACUGGCUGCAAAAGCGAAAGUACCUACAAGGAAAGCGAGGAAUUGAAAAAAUUCCGUUUCAACUACCUGAUUUUGUACGAAAUACAGGUAUUUCUGACCUGCGUCAAGCUGCGCUGGACCGCGCCGAGAAGCAGAAGUUGAAGGCCAAGCAGCGCGAGCGCCUUCGCCCCAGGAUGGGCCAGCUAGACAUUGACUACAACGUGCUGUAUGAGGCAUUUUUCAGGUAUCAGACAAAGCCAAAUUUAACUCGACACGGAGAGUUGUACUAUGAGAACAAGGAAUUCGAACUCAAAAAUCACAAUUUCGUUGCCGGCCAGCUUUCCGACCAGCUCAAGCGAGCGCUCGGCAUGACCGACAUAACACCGCCCCCUUGGCUCAUCAAAAUGCAGCGCAUCGGGCCGCCCCCUUCCUAUCCGAACCUGCGCAUUCCGGGACUCAACGCGCCCAUUCCUCCCGGGGCUCAGUACGGAUUCCACGCCGGGGGCUGGGGAAGCGCGCCAAUCGACAUGUACGGCAGACCCAUCUGGGGCUGGGUGGAAAACAAGAAACACGUCGAGUGCGAAAUAGUCAACGGCAAGCAAAUACCCAUCGACAAAAACGAGGUCUGGGGCGCCCUCAAAUACGAGGAAGACUACGAGGACAACACCGAUGAGGAGCCGUCCGCCUCCCGCAACAAAAAACAAGCCCCUGUCUCUGCUCACCCAGCCGAAGGCCUGGACCCCUCCAAGGCCAAUGUCCCGCUCAAACCCGGAGAAUGGACCUCGGAUGGACAAACGGACUACGGCAAAAACAACCUCGCCCCCGCCCAGCCCGGAUAUCCCCUCACCUCUGGACUCGACACGCCGCUCCCUGCGUCUUCUGAAAUCGACCUCCGCAAGUUCAAGAAACAAACCGUCCCGCUUCAAAACAACCAACAACUUUAUCAAGUCCUUCCCCAACAACCGACCACAGUCGGCCAAAACCUCAUGGGAUCCCAGUACAUCUAUCAAAUCCCCAGACCGCAAGACAAAAACACCUCCUCCAAUAUCGAUAUCACCCUUGAUCCAAGCGACCUCGAACUCAGCGAACAGGAACUCAUCAACAAGUACCAAAAACUGUUCUCCGAACAAAACUCUUCCAAUAACCAACCUCAAAUUCAGUCCGAAAAAGAAUAACUCGAACCCACUCCCCUGCAAUCAAGCUAGUUCCAGCUGUCUUGGUGCACGUGUAAAAUAUAUUUCGCCCGCUAUUAUAAAAUC